CGCUAUAUAAAGGUGGCGUGGGGGCAAUUGGGUCUUUUUGCGCGGCGGCCGGGCUGGGAGUGUGGUGGCUCUGCACUCAUGGGUUUUGGGGACCUUAAGUCCGCCACUGGCCUCCGCGUCCUCAAUGAUUUCCUGGCUGACAAGAGCUAUAUUGAGGGGUACGUCCCUUCUCAGGCUGAUAUAGCAGUCUUUGAGGCAGUCGGUGUCCCACCUCCUGCAGACUUGUUUCAUGCUCUUCGGUGGUACAAUCAUAUAAAGUCGUAUGAAAAGCAGAAGGCAAGCUUGCCAGGAGUGAAGAAGGCCUUGGGGAAAUACGGUCCUGCUGAUGUUGAGGACACAACAGGUGCAGCCACAGAUAGCAAAGAUGAUGAUGACAUUGAUCUUUUUGGAUCUGAUGAUGAGGAGGAAAGUGAAGAAGCAAAGAAGCUGAGGGAGGAACGUCUGGCCCAGUAUGAGUCAAAGAAGUCCAAAAAACCAGCUGUUGUUGCCAAAUCAUCAAUCUUGCUUGAUGUGAAACCUUGGGAUGAUGAGACAGACAUGGCCAAACUAGAGGAGUGUGUUCGAAGCAUUCAAGCAGACGGCUUGGUCUGGGGAUCUUCCAAACUAGUACCAGUUGGUUAUGGUAUUAAGAAGCUGCAGAUCCAGUGCGUCGUGGAAGAUGAUAAAGUUGGGACAGACAUGCUGGAAGAGAGGAUAACGGCUUUUGAAGACUAUGUACAAUCAAUGGAUGUAGCUGCUUUCAAUAAGAUCUAAGUCUUGAUAUGUAGAAUAAAUGUAAUUGCAGAAUUCUG